UUUUUUUCUAUGAUAAUCAAAAUGUGUUGUAGGGAUGGAAUGCCAAAUAUAAUAUGUCAAAAUAGAGAAGGGAAAAUUAAAAACAACCAAAAACACCGUAUGAUAGAUAAUUAAAUAUCUAUUCAAAAGCCCUAUAUAUACCAAAAAUAAAAUAAAAAUACAUUCUAAGAAUAUAUAUUCUAUAUUUAAUUUGAACAAAGUUAGAAUUAAAAAUUGAACAAUGAAAUUUAAUAAUACACAUGACAACGAGGAAACUUCAGGACCCUAUUGAGGGGAUGAAUCGUCCAAAUAAAGGCGCGUGGUGAAGUGUCCCUAAUAAACACCACACAAGUCAGCGUCAGCCUAGCAAACCGCCUAAGACCAACCCACUUGAGUUGCCAACUUUUACACUUGCCAAUUUGCCAUUGUAUUUAAACCCUUCUUCUCCAUAAUAAACCAAAACACACCAACAGUCAACAACUACAAAACUCAACGCCCUCUUCUCUUUCCAACACACAAAAAAAAAAAAAAAACUAACCACCCUCCAAAAUUCUUGUAAUUAAAUAUUUGUACAGUUCUUGAUCAUCAUUAUCAUCAUCAUGAUGUCGGUGACUCGCAGUGGCGCCACCAGGCAGCUGGCCGUGGUAAGCGCUCGGUUGUUCUCCUCAGGCACCGCCCGUGCGGUGGCCAAUGAGCCGGCCGUCAUGAAGGGCCUUAUGAGGUCGGUGCCGACUGGUGCCGCCGCAUGGACAGCGAAAAACAGCAGCGUCGUUUAUUGGGUUCAGAGAGGCUACAGUAGUAGCGCCGCCGCUAGGGGUGCUAGUACGGUGGCUGUCGGCAAUGGAGAGCAUGAUGAGAAGGUGAAGCAGGUGAAAAACGGUGUCGUUUCGGAAUCUGCCAAUGUAAGUAAUGAUAAUAAGGACGAGAAGGGGAUUGUGAGUUAUUGGGGCGUACCACCGAGCCGGCUUACCAAGGAAGAUGGAACCGAGUGGAAGUGGUCCUGCUUUAGGCCAUGGGACACGUACAAAUCAGAUCUGUCCAUUGAUCUGAAGAAGCACCACGCCCCAACAACUUUUUUAGACAAAAUAGCGUAUUGGACUGUCAAAUCCCUAAGAUGGCCAACUGAUAUUUUCUUCCAGAGACGAUAUGGAUGUCGAGCCAUGAUGCUGGAGACGGUGGCAGCAGUACCAGGCAUGGUGGGAGGAGCACUGCUUCACUGCAAAUCGCUAAGGCGAUUCGAGCACAGCGGUGGGUGGAUUAGAACGUUGCUGGAAGAAGCUGAGAACGAGAGGAUGCAUCUAAUGACAUUCAUGGAAGUAGCUAAGCCCAAAUGGUACGAACGAGCCCUUGUAUUCACUGUCCAAGGCAUCUUUUUCAACGCUUACUUCGUGGGGUAUUUGAUUUCCCCAAAAUUCGCCCACCGAGUGGUUGGUUACCUUGAGGAGGAAGCAAUCCACUCCUACACCGAAUUCCUCAAGGAACUUGACAAAGGCAAUAUCGAAAACGUUCCUGCUCCGGCCAUCGCCAUCGACUACUGGCAGCUCCCGGCCAACGCCACAUUGAGAGAUGUCGUUCUCGUUGUCCGAGCUGAUGAGGCUCAUCACCGUGAUGUUAAUCACUUUGCAUCGGUACGUAAAGAGUAUUAUUUUGUAAUUGCUAAGCUAACUAUUAGAGUUAGUCCCGUAGAAAUAAAUUGCCACAAAUUAAUUUUAAGAUGGAAUCUCAUUUAAUAUUUAUUAAAUGUUGUAUUACUGAGUUGAGAUAUUGAUUGGAUUCAUUUGAAUUGCAGGACAUACAUUAUCAAGGACGUGAGCUUAAGGAAGCUCCAGCUCCGCUGGGAUAUCACUGAAGCUCAUGCGUGACAUGAAGUCAAUGGUCACAAUGUGAUGAGAAUUCGAGGCCGGCAAUAUUUUAAAAUAUGGAACAUCUUUUCGUAUUAUAUAUUCAAGACUGUAAAUAUAUAGUAGCUAAUAAUAAAGGUUACACAUAAAUUUUCUUUAUUAUUUUCCCACUUAAUUAUGGAAUUUAAUUAAUUUUUGGUAUAUUAAUUAUCA